CAUCUAUUUUCAAUUUCAAAAAAGUAUGUUUUCAUGGUCGAAGUAGGCCUUAAUUUAUAUUCAUGAUACACAGCACGGACUCCAACUUAUCCUACGAUUUGAUUUGCAUUAGGAUCAAAUUAUCUUGAAUAUAUGAUGGGAUCUUAUUUAUCAAGAUCUGUUUCUUUUCUUUUUUUUUUUUGAAAAAAAAAAGAAUUCAUUGGUCUUAAACAUAAAGGAUGUUGAUGUUGACAUAUUUUUUGGAAUAAAUUAAAAAGAAAAUUAAGACAGUUAAACUAGAAUGAAGGGAGUAAUUACUCGGUAUAAGUACAAAAUCAACGUCAGUCGAGCAGAAUAAUAGCGAGGAAAUCACAACUUUAUUUAAAAAUGGUGACAUAUAAAGAUAAUACUCUUUUCCUUUUAAUUAACUUGACUUACUUUUUUUAAUUUAAUUAAUUUAAAAAAUAAUAAUUAAUUUCUUUUUAGCAAUUUUUUAUUUUCGACUUACGUUUAAGAUCAUAAUUAAUAUUAUAUUAUAUUUAAUAUAUUUUUAAUUUAAAAUUAUAAAAUUUAAAAUCUUACUUUAAUUUCUUAAAAAUCAUAUCAAGUUGAAUCAAAGAGAGUAAAAACGUCGAGAGUAUAACUGAAGAGGCGUCCUCGGAUCGCAUGAGGCGGCUCCGCCGUUCCCAUUCAUACCCCAGUAUCCUCUCUCUAAUUUUCUACCACGUAUUGAGCCAACUUGGCGAUUUGUCAGCUAAUCUCCUCCCUCUUAUUUUGCACCAAAAAUUAACUCGUAAAUAAAAAAAAAAAACAGAGAGAUGGAAAAGAUGGACGACGAAAAGGGCCCAAUAAAUUUAAUUUGAGUGGCAAGAAACAACAAAAAUGAACCCCCCAAAAAAAGCUGGAUGGGAGUAAUGAUAAUUGGUGAUGAUACAAUAUAAGCAACUUCUACAUAUGUGAAAAAAUUUCGUUAGGGUUUUUUCUUCUGCAGGGAAAGAUGGGGAGAAGGAAGGUAGAAAUAAAGAGAAUUCAAGACAAAAAUUGCAGGCAAGUUGCUUUCUGUAAACGAAGAAAAGGUCUAUUGAAGAAAGCCAAAGAACUUUCCAUUCUUUGUGACGUUGAUGUUGGUGUUGUUAUCAUCUCCAACCGUGGCAGGCUUCACGAAUUCGCCAGCACUAACAG